UCUCCUCUUCUUCCCCCAGGAAGCCCAAUGCGGCUACACCAUCAUCGUGAUGGCCAUCUUCUGGUGCACGGAAGCCCUGCCCCUGGCGGUGACCGCUCUCUUCCCCGUCCUCUUCUUCCCCCUCAUGGGCAUCAUGGACUCCUCCACGGUGUGCAUGGAAUACCUGAAGGACACCAACAUGCUCUUCAUCGGGGGCCUCCUGGUGGCCAUCGCGGUUGAGCACUGGAACCUCCACCGGCGCAUCGCCCUGCAGGUCCUCCUCCUCAUCGGCGUCCGGCCGGCCUUGCUCCUGAUGGGCUUCAUGGGUGUCACGGCCUUCCUCUCCAUGUGGAUCAGCAACACGGCCACCACAGCCAUGAUGGUGCCCAUCGCCCAGGCCGUCCUGCAGCAGCUGCAGAAGUCGGAGCUGGAGCAGACCGCUGCGGAGCAGGGGGCCACCCAGAAUGGGACCAUCAACCGGGCCUUUGAGAUGCAGGAGGCCCCCCCGCAGCAAG